AUGGCGGAAGAAGAAGACGAUCAUAAUUUAUCUACAUCUCCUGUUGAAGAUUAUGAUCCUUUGCAGAACAAUAUAAAAUCCAUGUCCAAUUCAAAACCUGAUGUUAGUGGAAGGUAUCAAGAGGAUGGUGACAAAGAUAAGGAUUACGACAAGGAGAGGGAUUGCGAAGAUGCCCAGAACAUGUACAGUCUCCACACUCCACCUUGUGUACGUCAGCGAAGAAGGCAGAAAGACAAACAUCCAAAGGGUAAAUUACAGUAUAGCAAGGAAUACAGAGAUUAUUUGGCAAGAAAGAAGAAGCAGCCACGUACUGUUGCCAAUGUUAUUCGUGAGGAUUACAGAGGCAAUCCUUCCUUUUGUAAAGUGAGUGGGACAGAUUCAGAUGAUAAUUUAGAACGAGAAUUGAUGAAAGAAAAGAGGGAACGGAGGAAAAAGGAGAACCGCGAUUCGAAGAAAGUCACAACAAAAUCUCGUGGCCAUGAAAGAUACGUCAAACGCUUGUCAGAUGACUACACCGACUCGGCCCAACCUCCGGUUCUCUCGGUAGCUCACCUUGUGGCAGUGCCAAGUCGUGUCAGUCCUCAGAACCCAAACCCAAAGCCUGUUGUGCCAGUUGUGCCAACACAUAAUAAGUUAGAGCGAAAAGUGACCAUUCCGAUUGAAUGUCCGAAAGAGAGAAGCGAGUUCUACAAACUGUUCUCCACGCUCAUCAACCUCGGCGCCAUGAACAAGAAGGACAAGGACAAGCAGAUGCUGUACUACAAGAGGCAGAUGAGCUGUGAGCAAGAGAUGCUCAAGAACAACCUGCUCUGGCUGCAGCUCCAGGCCUGGUACAACAACGAGUGCUCCCGGGAGCAGCAUCAGCAGCUGCUGGACGAACAGCGACAGCAAGUUCCAGCCGUGCUGGACGCCAUACUUAACUUCAGACUGCAUUGUCACACUCACCCACUGACAACGACAGCUUGUGAAGAUGACGCAUUCGUUGAUGGUGAUAAGAAUGGUUCAGAAACGAAUACGGAAAAACCUGCCGAUUGUUAUGACUGUGGUAGACACUCUCCUGGUUUCUCGGCCUCUUUUCGGUCUCUGACCUUGACUUCCGUCAUAGUGGCUUGCCAGAGAGAGGCUCUACUGAAGGUUCAGCAGAUCCUCGAUAGACUAGAUAAAUGUGAAAGACUUUACCCUCACUCGAAGGCGUUUGCAAUCAGCAAUGAAGUCUACGGAAGUGAAAGAUUUUCUCUGCAAGUGAAGUCCUUGUGCCUGUGGUUGAACAUCACUAGAGACCUGUGUCAUAAGAUGAAGUUACUAGGUAGAGUGUUAGGGGUACAUAAUAUAGUUGGUCUUGACUGGCCCAUGAGUAACUACGAAAGUCCUCGAGUUUCUGAGUCGCGGUCUACAGGACGGACCAGUAUUCCAAACAUUUUGGAACAUUCUGGUACGUCUGAAGAGGAUGACAACGAAGUGAAGAGUGAAUCGGUGAAAUGUUCUGAUGCUGAUGAUUUGUAUAAGGUGAACAAGCAGGUGACGUUUUCGCUUGUUUCACCAUGUUCAGACAGUGAGAGGGCUUCCCCCGUCUCUAUUAAUAUAGACAACAGUGCGUGUAGUACAGCACCCCUAGAUACCUCAACACCCAACAGAUAUUUACAAACUGGGAAUAUUGGUUCAUUUACCACUAGUCUUUCACGAGAUUCCAGUGUUGUUAGUUUAGACGAACUCGAAAAGACCUCUGUACAUGUAUAUCGGCAUUUCGUAGAUAAGUCUUUGAGGAAGAUGGGCAUGCAUCGGUUGGUGAUUAGACUAAGAGACUUGCUGGACAGAUCACUGCAGCGAGCCAAAGAGGCACUCCAGAAGCCAUCGCCUACAUCUGGUACAUAUGCUGAUGCAGUGCAACAGAUAUCACCUGACGACAAAUUCCCAAGCGACAAGAUCUUGUCAUCAUCCCCGUCACUGGAUCUGUUUUCCGAGGUGAAGGAAUACACUGAGAUUAACCGAGGGCACAGCUUCUCGGAGCAGUGGGCGUGGAGUGAGGAGUUUGAACGCAUGGGUCUUCCGUCUUUCCGGCCCAGUUACUUGUUCCUCAUCCGGAUCCCACUCGAUGUCAUCCACGAGUGUCUGAGACUGCGUCUUGAGCAGCACAUCGGCGACCCUUCGUUCCUCAGUAUACGACAGCUCAUUCGAGAAUGUAAAGAGGUGUUGCGCGGAGCCGCCAUUGUGAAGCAGUAUUAUCAACACAUGGUCACGGCCGUUCUGUGGGAUGACCAGGAAGCUGAGGAAAAGUUUGCCACUGAUCUUGAACAGUUCGAUUAUGACAUGAAGUGCAUGCUUGAUGUGUACUUCUCGUACCUGCAGAACUGGAUGUACAUGUUACAGAGUCUGCCCGAGGCGUCCCGCAGUCUGAAGAAUGCACUGGAGGAGGAGUGGCUCUUCACCAUUCAGAUUUGUCCGUAUGUUCUGGGUGGAGAGGCGGAGGCCGGCAAGAGGUUCAGCACUUUGGCCAGCAGCUUACUAAGUUCAAUAGCUGAUUUUCUCGACAAUGGGAUUGACGAAUAUACAACAUCACUUUUAGACUUCAGUGCCCAGGAUGAAGAAGCAAGUGAAAAUGGAGAUGAGGAUAUAGAUAUCUGCAAAGAAGAUAGACAUCCACACAACACUUCAAAGAGAAAUUCAGAAUUCCGGCAUUCCAUUCAAGUGACAUGUCGUAACUUCAAGAACCUGUUUCAUGAGGCCAGGGAAAGGGCUUCGAAGGCUCUGGGUUUUGCCAAGAUGCUUAGAAAGGACUUGGAGAUAGCUGCUGACUUCAAUAUUUCUGUGACAAUUGCCGAACUGCUUAAUAAGCUUCAAGAAACGGGACAUGUCAGGCUGUAUGCACCACUAAGUGCUGGCUACCUGCUGUUCAUACCAAAUCGAAUCAUCUCCAACAAGCGUCUCAUUCUACAGCUGCUGAACGUGACGUGCGGUCGCGAGGAGACGAGCCACCCCGCUCUUCACCAGGCCGAGGACGAUAACCCCCCGCCGACUGAGGAUGGCUACUUGUUGAUGAUGCGCUGCGACGCGGGUAUUGACCGCUGCCAUGAGUGUCCUGCCUGGCAGGGUUACAAGGUGCAGGUGGAACUCACCGCUGAGACCGCCAUCGCUCUGUCUCAUAUUCAGGUCGAUGCUCUGUUGCUGGUUGUGAUCCACUCAUCACGUCUCACUAUUCAGCGCAGAGAUUUCACUCAGAUGAUGGGCGACACUGUGAAUCUGAUAAACGAACAAACGUCUUGUCAUCAGUCUAUAGCUGAAGCUUUACAGGAACUCAAGACAAAUGCUAUUGAUCUUCGAGACAAGGUUGCCAAGGCUAUCAAACAGGUGGAUGAGAAGUUGAACUUUGAAGAGAUUUCCCAGCUGGAGGACGUGGAACGCAACCAUCUGCUCAAACUGUACCGUGAGACCAUGCUACAGUGCUACAACUUUGGAUUUGAGUAUUACAAAGAAGUGCUGAGACUGGUUUCUGGAGAACAGCGGCAAAAGUUGGGUCGAGGACUGGUUAGUUUUGCCAAGGACUGGAUGAAAUUUAUUCAUGAGAAAUGUGAGACAGGAAGAGGAAUACGUCCAAGAUGGGCCAACCAAGGAUUUGACUUUCUGACUGUAGCAUGUGAACCAAGAAUCCUAGCUUUACUAACAGAAGAGGAGUUUCAGGAUUUAAAACAAAGUAUUAACGACUGUUUGACUCAUGUGAUUGGUACAGUGGACAGGAGUUCUUCAAGUAGUCCCACACAUGCUGGAGUUCCUCUCCUCAAAGGGAGCAGCAUGGUGGACCUGAGUCACAACAGUCGACACAACAUGCAGCGACUCGUGUCGUGGCCCGAGCAGUCCCGGAUGACCCGGUCGUUCUCCAGUCGGUCGGCCAGCAGUGAGCCCCCACCCAUCACCUCGGGCCUGUCCACACCUUCCACGCCAGGGACACCCAGCUCGGCAGAUACCUCAUUUUCUGGUGACACAUCAAAUUUGUCACGCAAUGAUCGCAUUCAGAGAGCGAUAGAUCGUCUGGAACAACACAGAAACACCAAGCUGCGAGAGAAGCACAUAAUUGGCCGGUUUACCGAGCGGGGGCAUGAGAUUGAUCAUCACAUCAGUGUAAGACGCGUCAACUUCAGAUGGCAACGUGGUAUUAAAAUUGGUGAGGGACAAUUUGGCAAAGUGUACACUGCUGUAAAUGUGGAAACUGGAGAGCUCAUGGCAAUGAAAGAGAUGAAGAUUCAACCAAAUGACCAGCAGGCUUUCCGAGAAAUUGCUGACGAGAUAAAGAACUUUGAAGGAAUUCAGCACCCAAACCUGGUCAAGUAUUACGGUGUUGAAGUGCACAAAGACGAGAUGUUGAUCUUUAUGGAGUACUGUGAUCGAGGGACAAUAGAGGAAGCAGCCAAGAUCGGCUUGCCUGAGAGUGUAAGCCGACGAUACACCAAGGAGAUUCUCAUAGCAGUGCAACAUUUACAUGAAAACAGUAUUAUACACAGAGAUAUUAAAGGUGCCAAUAUCUUCAUUACAUCAGAUGGGAAGGUGAAGCUUGGUGAUUUUGGUUGCUCAGUCAAGCUGAAAUAUCACACCACGAUGUUGGGCGAGAUCAACAACCUGGCUGGAACUAUGGCAUACAUGGCUCCCGAAGUGAUCACCCAGAACGACAAAGACGGGCACGGCCGAGCAGCUGACAUCUGGAGUCUGGGAUGUGUUGUCGUGGAGAUGGUAACGGGAAAAAGACCAUGGCAUGAUGCUGAAAACAACUACCAGAUAAUGUUCAAGGUUGGUAUGGGCGGAACCCCGUGUAUUCCCGAGUGUCUAAGCUCAGAAGGGAAAGACUUUCUAUCUCACUGCUUUGAACACGACCCCUCUAAACGAUGGACAGCAAGCCAGCUACAAGAUCUCACUUUUACCAAGGUGUACGAUGAAGUGGAAGGUGAAUUCUUCUAUUAGGAGAUGUGCUGAAGACGUGAUCAGUAUAUAAACCUGGAAAAAAACAGAAAGAAUGGGAACAAGACACUGGACCAUGUCUCUGGUCCACUAUCAGAUGACUCAACAGCUGUGAUUAUUUAUGCUAUGGACAAGCACAAACAAAACAACAACAAAAAAACCAUGCAUGAUGUCUGCCUUAUAAGCAAAUGAAGUGACUCUUAAAUGACUGUUUUUCAUGGGCAUUACUAUGUAAACAAAGGACAACUUCAAACAGUAUCUCUUUCAAUGCCAGUAUAAAGAAGACUCAUUGGCUGUUGUGAUAUAUAUCCUAGAAGAUACGUGAAGCAAUGACAUGCAAAACCAACUGUAGAACAUGCAUCUGCCCUAUAUUUAUAAGUAAAUAAUAUAACUGCUUUAAAUGACCAGUUUUCAUGUGCAUGACUUUCACAACAGGAGACAGCUUCUUUCAAAACUUCAGUUAGUUCUGUUUAUGACACAAGCAUCAAAAUGAGCAUAGUCUGGUAAUCGAGGUACAAUUGUUUUGCUUAAUAUUAUAAUAAAAUAUAAACUUGUGCAUAUUACAGAUCAGGGCCCUGUUCCACGAAGCAGUCUUAGCAUUAAGAUCACCUUAAGUGCAUAACUACUCUAUGCACUUAAGGUGAUCGUAGCACUAAGAUCGCUUCGUGGAACGGGGCCCUGAAGAAUACAAUUAUUCCGUCAUGAACUUAGAUAGUGGUCUUAAUCUUUUUUUGUUGUUUUUUACAAUCACCCACUUUAUAAUUAUCUACAUUUUUAUGAGCAUACAAACCAUAUGUGGUGAGAGUUAGUACCAGCAUAAACUUUGAUACAAUAUUCAUUACAAAAUUGACUUUUUUUUAAAUAUUUUUUUUUUUAUAUAAAAGAAUACAGUUUAAAUAUGCUUAUAGUUGUUUUUUUGUUUUUUGAAUAUUUUUCUGAAAGAUUUGUAAAUUUACACCCCUCCUCACAGUUCUCUUUUUAUACUAUCCUGGAUCUGCUGUUACGGUCAGUAAAUUAGAACAGUCCUUCCAGACUUACUUUGCGUUUAAUAUAAUUGUAUAUAGGCCUUAUUAAAUAUUGACACAGAGCUGCUGCAGGCAGUUAGCUCACUGAAGUACAAACUGUGAUAAUCCUCUUCAGUUUGUGAUCUGUGCUUGUUCAGGGUUAAUAUUUAUUUUGUUAGUGAAUUUUUUUAAUAGUCUGAAAUGCAUGAAUUGUUUUAAUAGUCUGAAACAUUUGAAAUGCAUUGCUUGUCUUGAAUGAUUUUGAGGUAGGUUUACUUAACUGGGAGUUCUGUCACAAUUGUUUUUUUAAUUCAGUCUUAUUUAUUAAUGUAUAUUUAAACUCAAUUUUUAAAUUUUCUGUAUAUUUAUCUAUUGAGGCACAAUUUUUGUGGUAAAGUGGCAUACUGUGUAUGCUCUUUAGAUUGCUUGUAUGAACAAGGAAAACAUGAGUUCAACUGUCUGUUUUCUUCUGUCACCUUUGUGGCUUAGUUGGUUUUUUUUUUACCUAAUUACAGAUAGGGCCUCAGGAAUUUUAAAGCCUUUUUACAGCUUUCAGUACUAACUGUCAAAAUGCAAUGAAACAUUUUGAAAACAACACUUGUUCAAGUUUGCUGCAAGGUUUUUAAGUUGUUUACAAAAUUUGAAUUGAAUUGAGUGAAUACAUUUCAUAAUGAAGUUGCCAAACAAAUGAAAUUUGAGAAUUAGCAUAUUGAAUGAAUAAUGAAUAUGUUUGCCUUGAAUUUGGUUUCAGUUUCUGUUUUAUUCAGCUCAAAUAGUUUUAGUCUCAUUAUGUUGCUAUCAAAUCUUUGUCAGAUUAUUUAUUACUAAAAGAUAUUGUCAAAACAGCAUUGUAUGUUGAGAUAAUAACCAGGGUCCUAAUUCACAAAGGUCUCCUAGGCUCUGCUACAAAACAAAGCAUCCUCUUUGUAAGUCUUUUAGCAUUGCACUGCGAUAUCGCAAAGUUGCGAGAGUUUAGUGAAUUAGGCUCCAGGCUUUAUGUGAUGGAAACGAAGUUGUAAGACACUUAAAUAAUGCUGGAAUAAUACCUUAAUUGAAUUUGAAGAAGUUACUUGGCCCUCUUUGAACAUUGUAUGGUAUUUUGUACUAAAUCAUCAUUUGUUGCUUGAAAUAGUAAUUUUUCAUAUCUAGUCACAUGAAAUUUAUUUCUGAGUAUAUCAUCAGCAACAAAUUUGUCUAUCAUUACAUAUAGAACAAAAAUUUUGAAAUUUAAGUGUUGUGAAUUUUCACACAUCCUGAAAAAUCACUAGGAAGCAUUUCUAAAAGGUAUUUGCAAAACAAAAGAUCCAGUAUCGUCAAAAAUUGUAUGAUUGUAAAUGGCAUUUUACACGCUGAAUGAUCACAUCAGUACAAUUGUCUUGAGUUUCUGUUGAUGGUAGGUAGGGUCUCCAUGAGUACUCGAGUACGCAGGCAUGUGCUGAGUCUAGCAAGACUCUAGUCCGUUCACAGGACGGAAACGGACUCGAGUACCCGUGCAAGGAAUAUGAUAGAAUAGGAUAACACAUUAAUAUGCCUGUAUCCAAUUAAUCUUCAAGUAUAGUGCAUUCUUAUUUAAUUAAAUGUUUACGUCAUCUUGCCAUAUGCUUGCCGCCAGUUACAUUACAGGCCUAUGAGAAUGUGUGCAAUGCAAUUAAUGGCAUGAUUUGGCAUCCAUGUUCAGCACUGAAAUUAAGAUGCAUAAUGCUAUAAUUUUACUUUUUAUGUUCCUUAGUUUCAUUAUCAUCUAGUGUAAAUAUCGGGUACUCUGGUCCGGGUCGAGUUUCACCUUCGAGUACUCUAGUCCAAUAUUUGGGACUCAUGGAGGCCCUAAUGGUAGGUCAACCGAGAACAAAAAUGGAUGUACCAAAAUGAAUACUCUAAGCAAGGAACUGUAUGUUUCAGCCAGAAAUACCAUACUUGGUUCAAGAGAGCUAUAUACAUGUACUUUUAACAGAAUGAGCUGCACAAUAAUGGAUGUUUUUGUUAUGGUCAUGUUCAAAUUGCACUGGUUUGAUGUUGGCACAAAAUCUUACAUAUGUUUGUCUGACUUACUCCAUCAAUGGUUGGUUAAUGUGAAGAUAUAAACAUAUCUAGGACUUUCCGACAUUCAUGAUUCACUUAUCUUGCCUACAAUUAUCUUUGUAGGUUAAUUUUAUUUGGUUUAAUGCAUGUUGUAAAUUUAUAAUACAAUUAAUAAGGUUCUGUGAAAAUUAUUUUUGAAAUAAGAUUUGCUGAUUGAGUAUAUUUAUAACAUUUAGUGCAAAUGUUUUGAUGUGCAUGCAAUAAUCAAGUAAUGUGCUGUGAGAUUAGUAAUGCCGAUAGUAUUGUUACCUGUCCGAUUGUAGUUUGGGUGCACGGAUAUGCAGUUAAGCCUACCAUGUUUAUGUUUGCAACAGACUAGUACUUAAGUAAAUUGACCAAGUUAGAAGUGUAUACACUUUCCUGAUGAAAAAGGUAACUUGUUUUUAGCUCCACUGUUCAUGAGGUGAGCUUUUCUAAUAUCAGUUUGUCCGCGGUCGGUCUGACAACUUUACCUAUGAUGUCUGUCUUCUCUGAGAGAUUAUUUAAUGAUAAAAUAUGGUAGAAUCAUUUUCUGGGGCAGUGUCCAUAAAUUAAAAGAUAUUUCAUAAUUCUGAAGUUUUAAAUUAAAUUUUAACAAUUUAAAUAGAAAUUUAAUAUUGAAAUUUUGAAAGUCUUAUUUUCUUGUUGAGUUUUUAUUGGAUAGUUCUGAGACUCAUAACAAUGAUUCUCAGGGGCAGUGUUUACAAACUAAUAGAGACUUAAUUGGGAAAUUUUGAAUUUUUAUUAAUUAAAAAAAAAUAUUAAUUCAAAAUUUAACAUUGAAAAUCUUAAAAGAUGUCUUCUGCAAGGCCUUAAGUUUUGAUUGGAUAGUUCUGAAAGUCGAUAUAAUUAUUUUCAGAGGCAGUCUUCACAAAGUAAUAGAGAGAUAUUUUUGACAUUUGUAAUGUUUAUUAGUUAAACCCUCGUGAAGUUUCCAUUUAGGAACAAAUUUAUAAUAUAAGACUAUCACCGUUAGUGUUUCUGCCAGAAGGAAAUUUUUGGGUAUACCAUUAUGGAAUUGAAUGCAACCACAGUCAUGGGGACCUUCCCCAGAAAGAAAAUGGGUCAAGUUUAGGGUCAGAGUUAAGUAAAUUAUACAGUAAUGAUAAAGAGUAAUUAAUUUUGUUAAAAGGUUAUCUUAAAAAAAAAAAAAAAAACCCACCCAAAUCUGCAAAACAAUUUGGGUAUGGCGCCAUACCCGUUUCACCCUUUGGCAGAAACCAUGACUUACAUUUCAGAUUUCAAAUGUUGAAGAUCCUACAUUGAUUGAAAGUUGACCAAGUUUUGUUUUCUGAAGGCAUAAAAUUAUUUAAUACAAAUUUUACUUAUUAUUGGACAAUACUUUCUCUGUGAGACACGGAGAAUAUUUAUAUUCUUUACGGAGCACGUUUUCAAGUUCAUAUCAUGUUUACAGUGGUCAGAUUUGUUCUUGUCGAAUAGUUUGGCAUCACGGGCCAAAUUCACUAAACUCUCGCAAACUUUGCGAUCGUGCAGUGCAAUGUCAAAAGACUUGCAAAGACGAUGCUUUGUUGUCUAACAGAGCCUAAGAGAGAUUUGUGAAUUAAGCUCCUGUACCCAAAUGUCUUCUGUGUUCAUUGAUAACUAAUUUUUUUUUGUUGAGAAUGUGGUGGAAUGAAAUCACAGGAAUGGGUUAAUGAUGCAUUGGUUUGGCUGUGGCCUUGCUUGUUUCAUAGAACUACGAAGGUAAUUUGCCAAAAUUAGCAUUAUACUGCAUUAGACUGUUUUAACUAUUGUAUUGUUACCUGCUGGUCAGCGUACAUGACUAUAUAAUGCAUAAUGGCACUGGUUGUUAAACAUUUUGUAUAAUAUAUUGUUCCUGUAUAUAUGUAUAAUGUACAUAUACAUAAACCAACAAGUUACGAAAAUCAAGAUAAAUAUUUUUUUUUCC